UUAUAUUCUCUCUCCGUAGACUUGACUUGGCAACCACUUCAUUCAUCACAAAGAAAGGAUCAAAACAGAAGUCAGUGUAAGUCAUGGUAUGCCGUAUUCAUGGAGUUUCUCAGAUCUUUGAAGAAAGAGGACAUUUUGGAUCUCUUUUCUCAUGGCUUCUGUUUCCACUGUCAGACCCUUCUCCAUUCUCGGAUCACAACACUACGCAAAAGAAAGUUGGAUGAAACUUGCUCUUCGGAAGAAGGCUUUGAGUCUUCUGGUGACCAUGUUGUGGAAAUGCCUUUCAAUGUUUCAAAUUCAGAGUCUUUGAGUAAAAGAAAUGAAAAACAAUGGGAUAGUCCGAAGAACUGUUCAGAGAGGCGUGAUUCUGCUACUUCAAAGGAUGACGAGAAACGCGUUUUUGAUUGUUCUUCACCUGGGAAUUUGGUGGGCUGCAAGCAAUCUGAUUUUGAGAUUUUGUUAAAUGAUGGGAUUUGUGAAGGUUCUUCGUUUAAAAAUGGGUUAUCUGAUGAAAGAAAAGAGCGAAUCAGGUAUUCUCUGGUUUGCAGAAAGGACUUUACCUUUGUUGAAAGGAUAAAUAGGAGACACAUAAAUGUGCUCCAGGGGCUUGAACUUCACACUGAAGUUUUCAAUGAGCUGGAGCAGAGGAAAAUCGUUGAGUGGAUAUACAGAUUGCAAUGGAGGGGUCAACAAGGGAAACUUAAAGAUCGAACAUAUUCAGAACCAAGAAAGUGGAUGCGUGGUAAGGGACGUGUGACAAUACAAUUUGGCUGCUGUUACAAUUAUGCAGUGAACAAAAGUGGCAACCCUCCUGGUAUAAUGAGAGAUGAAGAAGUUGAUCCAAUACCACCUGUGUUCAAGCACAUUAUAAAGAGGAUGGUUAGAUGGAAUAUAGUUCCUUCCUCAUGCAUUCCAGAUAGUUGCAUUGUGAAUAUAUAUGAAGAAGGCGAUUGCAUUCCUCCUCACAUCGACCAUCAUGAUUUUGUGAGGCCAUUCUACACCGUGUCAUUCUUGAGCGAGUGCAAAAUAUUAUUUGGUUCAAACUUGCAAGUUGUUUCUGCCGGAGAGUUUGCAGGUCCUACAUCCAUUUCUUUGCCUGUUGGGUCAGUGUUCGUUUUGAAUGGCAAUGGGGCUGACAUUGCUAAGCACUGUAUUCCAUCUGUGUCAUCAAAAAGAAUUUCUAUUACUUUUAGAAAGAUGCAGCCGAGCAAGUUACCAUAUAAGUUUUCACCCGAUCCUGACUUAAUGGGAAUCAAGCCACUUGUCUUUUCAUCUCUGAACAAAUCAGAUAAAGCACAAGACGAAGUUAGGAACCUAAAUAUUCAACAACAACACAAGGCUGACAGUGUUGAAUCUGAAUCAGACAUAGCUUGGAACACCAAGAAGGCAUCGCAAUGGAAGAUUUAGAAAGAUGAAGAUCAAUAAAUGCAAAUGUUUAUGUUUAAUUUUCUCUUAGCAUUGUUUAUGUUUAAUUUUCACAGGGAAAAACUAUCAAGUCUGUCUUCUGGAUGAAACUCCAAAUAAAGAGUUAUUCAUCCCUGUAAUAUAUUGUUUGCACA